CGGGGCGGGUCCCUGGCCACCCCCGAGGGACAAGCAGUCCCCAGGAGCCGAGCGCCCCGAGGCCGCGCGGGGCCCCGCACACCGCGCCGCCGCCAUGGAGCUCCCGCCGCUGGCAGGCAAGAUCGCGGCGCUGUCAUUCGGCGCGCUCCCGGUGUCCUACGCGCUCAACCACGUCGCAGCGCUCUCGCACCCCCUCUGGGUGGCGCUGAUGAGCGGCUUGAUCCUGGCCCUGCUGUUCGCGUCCAUCUACAGCUUGUCCCGAGGAGAGAUCGCCUAUGACUCGCUCUACGUGGUCUUCGGCGUGUUCUCCUUCACCUCCGUAGUGGACCUCGUCAUCGCCCUGCAGGAGGACGGCUACAUGGAGGGCUUCAUGGAGUUCUACACCAGGGAGGGCGAGCCAUACCUGCGCACUGCACACGGGAUCUUCAUCUGUUACUGGGACGGCACCGUGCACUACCUCCUCUACCUGGCCAUGGCCGGCGCCAUCCACAGGAGGGACAGGCACCCGGUAGUCACCCUGUGUUCCUGGCCCAGGAAGCAGUACCGGAACCUUGGGCUCUACUGGCUGGGCUCCUUCGCCAUGAGCAUCCUGGUGUUUCUCCCCGGAAACAUCCUCGGGAAAUACAGCUCCGAGAUCAGGCCCGCCUUCUUCCUGGCCAUCCCCUACAUGCUGGUCCCAUGCUGGGCUGGCAUGAGGGUCUUCAGCCAGCCCCGGGCGCCCUCCUACUGUCCCCCCAACUUGGUGCAGGAGGAGCAGAGGAAGGGGCUGCUGCAGCGCCCGGCCGACCUGGGCCUCCUCGUCUACCUCAUCCUGGCCGCGUUCUUCACCCUGUUCCGGGGCCUGGUAGUGCUUGACUGCCCCACGGACACCUGCUUUGACUACAUCUACCAGUAUGAGCCAUACCUGCGGGACCCUGUGGCCUAUCCAAAGGUGCAGAUGCUGAUGUACCUGUUCUACGGCCUGCCUUUCUACGCCCUGGCCUCCUAUGCCCUCCUGUUCCCGGGAUGCUCCUGGCUGCCUGACUGGGCCCUGGUGUUCGCCGGAGCCAUUGGCCAGGCGCAGUUCUCGCACAUGGGCGCAUCCUCCCACCCGCGCACGCCCUUCACCUACCGCGUGCCUGAGGACGCCUGGGCGCCAGUCUUCGUCUGCAACCUGCUCUAUGCGAUCGGCCCGCACUUGCUGGCCUGGCGCUGCCUGCUUCGGCCCGCCUUCUUCCUGCAGCCACCGCCCACACCCCCAAGCCCCAAGAAGAAGCAGCAGUGAGGGCUGCGACCCUGGCCUCUGUUUACAGGCACAGCCGACCCUGUGCGGGAAGCCGGGUGGCGCUUUAGCAGCAGGACGAAAGUCUCCAAGGGUCUUCUGUCCUGGCCGUGUCGGUGUCAGGCCAGUGGGUGGAAUGGGAUACCCACAGCAGGGCUUCUUGCAAAGAGGGCGUCACUGAAGUCAGGUGUGGUGGCUCAUGCCGGUCAUCCCAGCACUCAGGAGGCUGAGGCAGGAGGAUUUCUGUGAGUUUGAGACCAGCCUGGGCUACAUAGGGAGACCCUGUCUCAAAAAGCUAAUGGGGGGGGGUUGUGCUUGUUCAACUCUCACCAGGCCCCAAAGGCCACAGGAAUGCUUGUGCCCCCGCCCAGGAUUUCCUCGUCAUCCCCUUCAAGGGUCUUUUUAAUAAAAACCCUUUUGAUGGCUAAAA